ACCGUCCACCGUCCCCCGGGGCAUUGUGCACUCGGUGUCGCACGAGACAGGCGGUGUCUGUCCAGUGGUGGUCCGAGGUGUGCUGGACUUUGAGUGUGCGAAUCCGAGUUCAACUAGUCAUUGUGAACCGACCUCACUUUGGAUAGGACACUCCUAACAAGGUCUCUCAGCCAUGGUCCGUCUGUCGCUCCUGGCGCUGGGUGCCGGUCUGGCCACCACCAACGCCGCCCACCUGUCCGCGUCUCCGUCUCCGAGCUCUGUCCUCUCUACAGAGAGCAGUGGAACCGAGCAGACCCUGCAGAGGAGCCACCAGGUCCGUCACGUGCUGGGCACCCGUCCUCUGCUGGCGCCACCCUCCGUCGGCAAACGAGACGGCUCGUUCCACAGCUCCGAGUACAGUUCGCACGACUCCGGUCACGGCUCCGCGCAGAGCUACAGCCUCUCUGAUCACGGCUCGGGAGGCUACACCGAUGGCUACACCGGCGGCUACACCGGCUACACCAGCUACGCGACGGACGGCUACGGCUACACCGAGCCGUCGGCGUACGACAGCGGCGGCGGCUUCCUCGGCAACAUCGGCAAGUACGGCCUCAUCAUCAUCCCGAUCCUGCUGGGCAUCACGCUGCUGUUCCUGUUCCCGUCGGUCACCAACAUUGCCGGCACGGGACGCAAUAACCGGGCCAACGACGGACAAGAUGGGCCCUCGGAUGACCUGCUCAGCCGAGCGAUGGCCAUUUACACGUCUGUCAGUGAGGAUCCUCUGUGCGUGAACCGGCUCUUCUGCGAGAUGGGCUCCACAGUGGGACGCACGUCAUACGCCAACCAGACCCUCUCGUUUUUCAACUUCUUCUUGUCACGGAAGAGCGACAACCUGCGGAUUUUCAAGAAGGCCGCCCGGUCUGAGGACCCUCAGUGUCACAUGCUGACCUGCAAGGCUUGGGAGGACAACCCUCAGCUACUGCAGAAGACCGUUGAGAAGAGCGAGGAGGCGGCUGCAGAAAAGGACACCGUCCUACGCCAACGGAAGAUGUAGGAUGGGGAUGGGAGCCUGCCAACACUCGCCGGCCAGUUCUGAAGCGAUGUGCCCGUAGAGACUGGUUACCGGGCUGCGGCGGCCGUCAACCGCUCGUUUGUGCAGAAGGGGAGGAGCUCAAAAGGAAUUUCAAGCCGUGACAGCAGGCCCAAGAGUCUUGCUCGAAACCGUAAAUAAUUUAUUCACGAAGCCAAAGGUGCUAACUUGGUAUGUCAGCUUUACUGUAACGUAUUUUAUUCGCUUUUAUUAAAGUGCCUAUUUGGCUUGAAUCCCAUACAUAGCGCUUUAUUGAGUUAAAAUUUACAUAGAUCACAAUUUGAUUCAGACAUGCAAUUAGAUUGUGACCCAGAAAAAAAAUGUUUGGAAAGUUAUCUAUGUACAUGCGUGUAGGUCGUAGAAAUCAUAUUGUAAAAAGGUGCUAGUUUACAAUGUAGAAUGUGACGUCGCUAAGCUUGCUCUGGCAAGAAUGACAACAACAAAAAUCGUUAAUGUUUCAUGGACACGCCAAUAAUAAUCUUUAAUAAUUUGUUCGGCGAUCUUGCCUUUCAAAGUGCGUUCGAAAAAAUGUUAAAUCUGGUGCUGUGGAGUGAUUUUUAAUUCAUAUGAGUUUGCAGUCGCUCGAUAUAGGCAGCAACUGCCACCGUACAAGCUGCUAUUAUUCGUUAUCAUGCUACUGUCACAGAUGUAGCAGUGUCAAUGUCAUAUAUUAUUAGUUUCACGUAGUACAAGCAGCAACCGGUCUAUAAAACCAAAGAAAGUGAGUCGUGACGCCUCUCGUCAUCUCGUUGUCUCGUCGUUGCGUUCUGAAAUAUUAAAACUCGCAAGAUUCAACACAACACAUCAGUGCUUUGUAAUUCUCUCAGCUUGGUUUUAAUAAACUACGCUUUAUAAAAUAGGAAUAUAGUUAUGGUCAUAGGCUCGAAUAUUCAAGGACCAAAAGCACUGGCUGAUCGCUGAUCACUGAGAUCAACCUUUAAGUUUUUUUACGUGCAUGAGUACCUACGAAACACACAAGCUCAGUGU